AUGGCAUACACGUUUUUCAGGAUCGAUAAGGAUGCGCCUAAACUCCCCUCAUUGGCGGCCAAGUACAAGGAGCUUCGUCUAGCGGCGCUCCAGAAUUCACCCGCCUCUUUCUCUUCCACCUAUGAGACCGAGGCCCAGUUCUCUGACGAAGUCUGGCUGUCCCGCAUCAAUACGCUAAACAAGGAGACCUUUAUCUGCGCGGCGGUCGACGGGGAGCCCUCUGGAUCAGUUGACCUCAGCACCGUGCCCUUGGAGAAGUGUGAAUGGGUCGCACAGGUCACGCUCCUGGGCCCAGUCUCGGCGGAUGACUAUGCCCUCCCCAGCGAGGCGUCCCAGCCCGAGGUGGCCAGCGAUAGAGAUGAGGAGAAGUGGCAGAUGCUGAGCCUGUACACGUUGCCCCAACAUCGCGGGAAGGGACUCGGGAAAAGGCUCUGCAAAGAGGCGUUCCAGUAUCUCGCGUCAUUUCGCAGAGAGUACCACGGUCAAGGUGUCCCCAAGCAGGUACGCGUCCGCAUCAUGGUCAAGCCGGACAAUCAUGUCACGCUGGGCCUGUAUCGAUCCAUGGGGUUUGUGGACGCUGGAAAGUGUACUUUGGAGGAGGCUUUGCGAGCGAAUGGCGACGCUGAUCUGCUUCCGCCUGGCUUGCUGCCGGAGAAGUUCAAGGGUAGAAACGGCAUGAUCAUGGCCUUGGUUCUGGAUCGUGUCUGA